UGAGGUUUUCAAGCUGCAGCCACGGCCAAGGAGAGAAGCUUCUUUGGCUCUGCGGGGAAAAGACGAGAGAGUCAGGAAGAGAAAAAGAAGGUGGAGGAGGAAGACAGGAAGCGACAAACAGAACAGAAGUAUUUGAACCUAGAAGGGGCUCCUCCCACAGGAACCAGGAGGGCCGUUUUGGGUACAGGACCCAGAAGCAACACGGUUUUUGGGAUAUAUUCAUUGAGAGGAAGCGUUUUUUUCUCCCCCGCCCCUUGAGAACAGGGAAGCCUUCUCGGGUGUGACGGGUCAAGAUGGCCUCUAAUGCUGCCGAGGUGGCGAUGACCUCGUUCAUCAUGAACGAGGACGAGCUGAAGAGGAAACAGAGGGAGAAGCUGAAGAAGAUGCAGGCCACCGGGGGAAACCCCCGGCCCGCACGCUCCCUCUUCCUCUUCAACCUCAAGAACCCCUUCCGCAAGGCUUGCAUCAACAUAGUGGAGUGGAAACCCUUUGAGAUCAUCAUCCUGCUGACCAUCUUUGCCAACUGUGUGGCCCUGGCCGUGUUCCUGCCCAUGCCUGAGGAAGACAGCAACCACACCAACACCAGCCUGGAAAGUCUGGAGUACAUCUUCCUUGUCAUAUUCACGUUAGAGUGCUUUCUGAAGAUAGUGGCGUACGGGCUGGUAUUUCACGAAGGAGCCUAUUUACGGAACUGUUGGAACGUUCUGGACUUUGUCAUCGUCUUCAUGGGUGUCUUCACCGUCGCCUUGGACACCAUCAACCACUUAGCGGGCGUGAACAUGGAGAAGGGCGGGGGCUUCGACAUCAAGGCCCUCCGAGCCUUCAGGGUGUUGAGGCCCCUGCGUCUCGUGUCCGGAGUCCCCAGCCUACAGGUGGUGAUGAACUCCAUCCUCAAGGCUAUGCUGCCCCUCUUCCACAUCGCCUUGCUGGUCUUCUUCAUGGUCACCAUCUACGCCAUUGUGGGCUUGGAGUUCUUCAAGUGCAAGAUGCACAAGACUUGUUAUUACAUUGGCACAGACAUCAUGGCCACAGCGGAGGGGGAGAAGCCGGCUCCGUGCGCCCAGGCCGGCAACGGGCGGCGCUGCCUCAUCAACGGCACCGAGUGUCGGCCGGGCUGGGAGGGGCCGAACCAUGGCAUCACUCACUUUGACAACUUUGGCUUCGCCAUGUUGACCGUGUACCAGUCUAUCACCAUGGAGGGCUGGACAGACGUGCUCUACUGGGUGAACGAUGCCAUCGGUAAUGACUGGCCCUGGCUCUACUUUGUCACGCUCAUCCUGUUAGGCUCCUUCUUCAUCCUCAACCUGGUCCUGGGCGUGCUCAGUGGGGAGUUCACCAAGGAGAGAGAGAAGGCCAAGUCCCGCGGAGAGUUCCAGAAGUUGCGGGAGACCCAGCAGCUGGACGAGGACCUGAAGGGCUACAUGGAGUGGAUCACCCAGGCAGAGGUCUUGGAUGCGGAUCAGGACGGACUCCUGCCGUUGACAGAUGGAUCAGAAACAGACAGUCUUUAUGAGCUGGAGGGAAAGAGCCGCGUCAUCUACUACUAUCGCCUGGCUCGGCGUUGGGACCGCUUCUUCCGGAUGAAGUGUCUGGUGUACAUCAAAACCAAGGCUUUCUAUUGGCUGGUGAUUUUCCUGGUCUUCCUCAACACGCUGGCCAUUGCCACUGAACACCACAACCAGUCCGACUCCCUCACAGCUUUUCAAGACGUGGCCACCAGGGUGCUCCUGGUCCUGUUCUCCCUGGAGAUAUUUGUCCAGUUGUACGCACUGGGUCCCAGGACCUUCUUCAUGUCUCUUUUCAACCGUUUCGACUGCUUCGUGGUGGGGGUGGGCAUCCUGGAGAUCAUCCUGGUCUCUCUGGAGGUCAUGACCCCGCUGGGCAUCUCCAUCCUCAGAUGUAUCCGGCUCCUGAGACUGCUCAAGGUCACCAAGUACUGGACCUCUCUCAGUAACCUGGUGGCCUCCCUCCUCAACUCCGUGCGCUCCAUCGCCUCCCUGCUCCUCCUACUCUUCCUCUUCAUCGUUAUCUUCUCCCUCCUGGGCAUGCAGGUGUUUGGGGGGAAGUUUAAUUUCCCCGACCAGGAAAUAAAACGCAGCAACUUCGACAAUUUCCCUCAGGCCCUCAUCAGUGUGUUCCAGGUGCUGACUGGAGAGGACUGGAACUCCAUCAUGUAUAACGGCAUCUUGGCCUACGGAGGGCCGUCCUUCCCUGGCAUCAUGGUCAGCGUCUACUUCAUCAUUCUCUUUGUCGUCGGAAACUACAUCCUCCUCAACGUCUUCCUGGCCAUCGCCGUGGACAACCUGGCGGAGGCCGAGAGUCUGACUUCGGCUCAGAAAGAGAAGGCUGAGGAGAAGCAGAGAAGAAAGCUGCUCAGAUCUAAAUAUCCUGACAAGGCUGACGAGGAAAAGGAUCGAUUAGCUAAGAAGCUGGCUGAACAGAGGGCGAAGGCCGAUUGCAUUCCUACCACCGCCCAGCUCAAAGUGGAUGAGUUUGAGUCUCAUGUCAACGAAGUGAAAGACCCCUUCCCUCCUGCAGACUUCCCAGGUGACGAUGAGGAGGAGGAGCCAGAUAUCCCCAUCAGCCCACGCCCCCGGCCAAUGGCUGACCUCCAGCUGAAGGAGAAGGCGGUGCCCAUGCCUGAGGCAAGCUCCUUCUUCAUCUUUGGACCACAGAACAAGUUCCGUAAGCUGUGCCACAAGAUCAUCAACGCCACGCCCUUCACAAACUUCAUCCUCCUCUUCAUCCUCCUCAGUAGUAUCUCUCUAGCAGCUGAGGACCCUAUUGACCCCAGGUCCUUCAGGAACAAGGUCUUGGCUUCUGCAGACAUCGUCUUUACCACUGUGUUCACUAUUGAGAUUGUGCUCAAGAUGACCGUGUACGGAGCCUUCCUGCACAAGGGCUCCUUCUGCCGCAACUCGUUCAACAUUCUGGACCUGCUUGUGGUGGGCGUGUCUCUGCUCUCCAUGGGAAUGGAGUCCAGUGCCAUCUCUGUUGUGAAGAUUCUCAGGGUCCUGAGAGUGCUGAGGCCUCUGAGAGCCAUAAACAGGGCCAAGGGGCUAAAGCACGUGGUCCAGUGCAUGUUUGUGGCCAUCAAGACCAUCGGCAACAUCGUGUUAGUGACCAUGCUCCUGGACUUUAUGUUUGCCUGUAUAGGAGUACAGCUCUUCAAGGGCAGAUUCUUCAGUUGUACAGACCCAUCGAAGUUGACGCCUGACCAGUGUCAAGGCCUCUUCCUGAAGCACAUGGAGAACUCCCUCAAUGACAAGGAGCUGGCUCCCAGGGAGUGGAUCAACAGCGACUUCAACUUUGACAACGUCCUCAACGGCAUGUUGGCCCUGUUCACUGUCUCCACGUUCGAGGGCUGGCCUCAGCUGUUGUACAGGGCGAUCGAUUCGAGUGGGGAGGACAUGGGCCCAGUGUACAACAAACGGGUGGACAUCUCCAUCUUCUUCAUCAUCUACAUCAUCCUCAUCGCCUUCUUCAUGAUGAACAUCUUCGUGGGCUUCGUCAUCGUCACCUUCCAGGAGCAGGGAGAGCAGGAGUACAAGAACUGUGAGCUGGACAAGAACCAGCGCCAGUGUGUGCAGUACGCCCUCAAGGCCGGCCCCCUGAGGUGCUACAUCCCUAAGAACCCUAACCAGUACCGGGUGUGGUACAUCGUCACCUCCUGCUACUUUGAGUACCUCAUGUUCUUCCUGAUCAUGCUGAACACCUUGUGUCUGGGCAUGCAGCAUUGUAACCAGUCGGACCAUGUCACCAAGUUGUCGGACACGCUGAACGUGAUCUUCACGGUGCUCUUCACUGUGGAGAUGGUUCUGAAACUCAUGGCCUUCAAGGCUCGGGGCUACUUCGGAGACCCGUGGAACGUGUUUGACUUCCUCAUUGUCAUAGGUAGCGUGGUCGACGUCAUACUCAGCGAGGUCGAUAAUGCCCUGGCUGCCAGUGGAGGACUGUACUGUCUCCAUGGCUGUGCUGAGACAAACCCAAUGCAGGCCAUUGCUGACUCAGAGAACGCCAGAGUCUCCAUCACCUUCUUCAGACUGUUCCGCGUGAUGCGUCUGGUGAAACUGCUCAACCGCUCUGAAGGCAUCCGCAACCUGCUGUGGACCUUCAUCAAGUCCUUCCAGGCUCUACCCUAUGUAGCACUCCUUAUCGUCAUGCUGUUCUUCAUCUAUGCCGUCAUUGGGAUGCAGGUGUUUGGGAAGGUCGCCUUGGUAGACGGGACGCAGAUCAACCGCAACAACAACUUCCAGACAUUCCCUCAAGCGGUGCUGCUCCUGUUCAGAUGUGCCACCGGGGAGGCGUGGCAGGAAGUGAUGCUGGCCUCCAUGUCUGGGAAGAAGUGCGACCCCAAGUCGGACUUCCUGCCUGGGGAGGAGUACACCUGUGGGGCUAGCUUUGCAGUGUUUUACUUCAUGAGCUUCUACAUGCUCUGUGCCUUCCUGAUCAUCAACUUAUUUGUGGCUGUGAUUAUGGACAACUUUGACUACCUGACUCGUGAUUGGUCUAUCCUCGGCCCUCAUCAUCUGGAUGAGUUCAAGAAGAUCUGGGCUGAAUAUGACCCUGAAGCAAAGGGGCGAAUUAAACAUCUGGACGUGGUGACUCUGCUACGAAGGAUCCAGCCACCGCUGGGCUUUGGGAAGUUCUGUCCUCACCGCGCCGCCUGUAAAAGACUGAUCUCCAUGAACAUGCCCCUUAACAGCGACGGAACGGUCACUUUCAAUGCCACCCUGUUCGCUCUAGUCAGAACUGCUCUCAAAAUCAAGACUGAAGGUAACUUUGAGCAAGCCAACGAGGAGUUGAGAGCCAUCAUAAAGAAGAUCUGGAAACGCACCAGUAUGAAACUGCUCGACCAAGUCAUACCGCCCAUCGGAGAUGAUGAGGUCACGGUGGGGAAGUUCUACGCCACCUUCCUGAUCCAGGACCACUUCCGGAAAUUCAUGAAGCGUCAGGAGGAAUACUACGGUUACCGUCCGACCAAGAAGAGCUCCGACGAGGUCCAGGCCGGUCUGAGGAGCAUCGAGGAGGAGGCAGCGACGGAGCUCCACAGAGCCAUCUCAGGAGACCUGCUGAACGAGGAGGAGUUGGAGCGAGCCAUGAACGAGGCUGCCGAGGGGGCCAUCUACAGGCGUAAUGGCGGUCUAUUCGGGGACCAAGUCGACCUGUUCUCCUCGGAGCCCAGCAGCCCCUCGGCCACCCAGAUGACCAGCCAUCGGCCGCUGCAGUUCUCUGAGAGUCGCCGCGAAGACCUAGAGUCACCGCCCGACUCCGCCUUCAGGCCCGGCCAGGAGUUCUUCCCUGCCACGCCGCGCGCAACGCAGAACAACAGCAACAACAACGCUUAUGUAUACGAUAGAGAGGGAAGACCCCAGACCUACUCUCUCAGAGAAGAUCCAGAACCUGACACCAAGCGCUUCUCCGACGUCACAGUGAGAACAGACGUGAGUCAGUUUCCCUGUGACCUCAGCUACGCUGACAGCCAGGCCCACUGCCCCCCCGGGGCUGCCGCCAUGCCCGCAGCAGCCGACCAGCUCAUCCAGGAGGCCUUGAUGGUGGGUGGUCUGGACUCCCUCGCCAAGGACCCCACAUUUGUGUCGGUGGCCAAACAGGAAAUGGCGGAGGCCAUGCACAUGCCAGUAACUGACAUGGAGGGCGUGGCCCAGGGCAUCCUCAACGGACGCAGUGGCCGAGUCACCGCCGUUAAGAGGAAGAGGCGCCCGAUCCCCACCCCUCCCUCGGUCCCUGCCAGUACGGAACAGGAGAGAGCACAUGCCGACACUUCCGUCUAGAAUGCUGGUCAACCAAUUGCCGUUGUCAGCGGAUCAUGUGACUUCACGUUUGACCAGGCUGUGUAGGUGACCUCAUAGCAUAAUCAAGCUGCGUGUGUUGCGCUGGAGAUGGAAUAAACCAACUAACCAGGUUAAGGGUCUAGCUAACUGAUUAGCCCGAUAUUUUGUUCAUCCUCACAGCAUCUCAGGCGCCCCGGUUGAUUUCAACAAAUAAAAUACUUCACUUAUGUGAAAGUACCACCGACUGGCAAACGUUUCUUUUCAUGUUUGUAAAAGGUGAUCUAUUUCAUAGAGUGUUUGAACAACCAGGAGGUCUGUUGAGUGUUUAGCUGAAGUUUCAGUGAGAUGAAAGCAGUUUCACAUCCAGGACAUUUUCAUAGGGCUGGCCAGAUGGCUCCAGUAUGUAUUUUGGGCUGGCUCACACAACUAGUUAACAGUAGCAAAGCACAAGACACAGUUAACAAAACUAUGUUAAGAAAUCACAUAAGAGCCUUUGCAAUAAAUUGUAAUUUUCCACAUACAUACAUUCAAUUUGAAACCUAUUUAUAACAUUUGCAACAAUAGGUUUGCUCACUUGUAGAGUUUGGUGUGGUGGUACUAGUAACUAAUUAUGAAUCAUGUUGCUGCCCAACCAGCAACAAUUAUAGUGAGGCGAGUCCCAUCACCUUCUAGACCACAAUAGAAUGUGGUUCAACCACUGUCUCCCUCAAAUGUCUGGGACUGAGGUAACUAAUAUAAACUAAGGCAUUGUAUGUUAAAGGGAAGGGUUUACCAAUCUCUGUUUUAUACGCUUGUCUUUUCUUUGACCACACAGUUUUGUGUGCUGCCUACCCUGGAGAGGGUGUAGGCCCAUUCAUUUUCAAAGAAAGUUUUUUUCUUAACGUGUUGGACAUGGUACUUUUUAAUAGACGAUAAUUCUUAUUUUGUUAACAAAAAAUAAACUAGUAUAUCGACUGUACAGUACUUUGUGUAAACUUUUGUUUUAAUUUUACAUUUUAAAUGUAGUACAGCAUAUUCAGUUAUAUUUAUUUAAUACAUAUGAGUCGGUAGUAUUGACUCAAUUAGGUUGUGUAAAUUACCAAUUUGACUGUUUGAAGGGACUUUUCUGGGGAGUCAAUUAAGUUAUCAGUUUUGCCAAUGUCUUCAGCAUAUAUAUUAUUAAAAACAUUAUAUGGUGGAUUUAGUCCAAAUUUCACUGGAAAAACAUUGGAUGUGUUCAUGACUGCAUGAACUUGUUGUUUCUUGUGCCUCCAUGCUUUCACUGAAACAGGUCUGUGGGGUUAUGUCUCCCUCUGGUGGCCGUACCUUGUGGUACUCUGUUUGGGUUUACUUCCCUCUGUAUUACUGCAGGACAUGGACCUAACAUCAUACUUGACCAGUAUUACAGUAUGUUACACUUAAUCUCACAAUUUUUGUGACAAAGUGACAAACCAAAAGAAAUGAUCCAAAACAUUCUCUGUCUUGUGUAAACUGACCUUUGACCUUUUAAGUGUUCUUAAGUGCCUAAGAUGAAAUCGAUUUUACAUCAUUAGAGACACAUUUUUAUGAAAUAUGUUUCACACUACUACUAUUUUAUGAUAAGGUUGCUAUACAUCCUGUACCAAAUAAAAAGUCUGUAUGGCUAGCAAGCAAGCUGAUUACAACAGUGGAAUGUUACCUAGUCUCAAACCACACCAUUUUCUGUAGCAGCUUAGAUGUCGACCAGCUACCAACAAUAUGCUUACACAGCUGUUGUGUUGGUCAGUGUUGAAGUGCUGCCUCUGGUAUAUUGACAAAAGAAAUUUGAGCAUGUUGGUUUCAGUUUUGAAAUGGAAAAUAUCUGUCUUUUCUUGAAGUGCUGAUGUGGCUGUCUGUCACCAGAGCUGCACCUCAUCUCUCUAGACUAGGAGCACCAUUCAAACCCCUAAAGUGGAAUGCACGAUCAUGCAUGCGUACAUGCAUGCACCAAAGGCGUUUUCAUCUGGAUGGGGGACUGCUAUGAACAGUGCCUCAGCAAACAAUACAUCAUUCUUUUGUCUCUAAAAGUCCACAUUAGCCUUUUUGUUUUACGUAUAAUAACCAGUACAUAGAAAACACAGGAAUUGUACUGGUGUGAUAUCAUGUAUUGAUUGUCUGAUACGUUUAAAAACUGAACAGAACGUUUUUGUAAUUGUGCACAAGCGCAGGCUCCUGGCUAAAUGAGCGACCGUGACACAUUAGUUUGGACACAUUAGAACAGAACCACACACACAUGUGAAAAGGCAGGGUACGACAUGCAGGGGCCCGUGCUGGAAGGAUUGUCCCCAAGUUGCAUGAAUUUUAUUGUUAAGUUGAAUGCAUGUAUUUCCUUUUUAGACCUACAGUAUUUCAUCCUUUGUGAGUGAAUACUUUCACUAAUUGUACAACAGAUGGCGCCAAUGCUAAUCUAACUGCCAACAAGGACUGCAACUACUGUUAGACUUAAAUAUCAUUUUUUUGCAACCGUGAGUGACUUGCAGCAAAAGAUUGUAUUUUGGUUUAUGUAUUUUAUUUAACUGAAUCAAUUGACAAUUUGACAAUAACAAAAGUAAGAAUACAUUGUAUUGGUUGAUUGGACCUUAAGUGAACUUGUGUGUGUGUGUUUGUGUGUGUGUGUGUGUGUGUGUUUGUGUAUCUGUGAGACAGCAAAGAAACAAGAGGGGUAUCCAAACGGACUGCUUCCUGUGUUUUUGAGAUUGACUUUACCAGACUUUGCUGGUCGAUAUGCACUGUGGAAAUGGACAGCGUAGCAGGAUUCACUUAGAGCAGGCCACAGAGUGCUACAUCAGUGAAAACCGAGAAGACCCGUGUCCCACA